AUGUCGGCAUCUAACCAGGCCCUCUCUCAAGAGUUUUAUGCGCAUUUUCAGGCUACUCGCUCUGACCUCCUUGCCCGCCUGGACGUCCUUUCUACGGGGAAGAACAAUUCAGAGGUCGUAGAGCAACUCGCUGUGGAUGUGCUGAAGCUCAGGAAAGGACUGACUGACGCGACCGAUUUCUUGCCUGCCUAUGACCAACGACAGUGCGAUAUUCGAAUGAAAGAGAUUGAAGAGACACUGCAAAAACUACGUGCUGCGUCGUCUGGAAAGCCCAAAUUUGCGUUCAAGCGCAAAGCGAAUAAGCCUACCAUACCGUUGUCCUCGGAAACCAAACCCACCACUGAGCCAGUGUUUCAACCACAUGAAUCCGAUCCUUCGUCAGGCGGCCUUUCGCUCUCGAAUCAUUCGUAUCAAUACCUCACCUUGGGAUCUAUUCCGACAUCUUCUGCUUCAUCUGACCUCACGAUCUCCGAGCUGGAUCACUGCAUUGUGAACCUCCUACUUCCAGACGCCACCCAUGCCUCUAUAUCUCCCCCACCGAAAAUUACCGCCCUGCACGUCCGUAAUGUUCGCAAUAGCGUUCUCAUUCUGCCACGGAUCGACGGGAGCGCGCUUCUGCACGACCUUUCAAGAUGCGUCUUUGUUCUGGGAUGUCAUCAGUAUCGUAUGCAUGCGUCGUCGGACACGGACGUGUACAUUUCGGUGUCUUCGAAUCCGAUUAUCGAACACUGCACGGGUAUCCGAUUUUCAGGUUAUCCCCAGCUCUUCCUCCGGUCAGGCGCAUUUGCACCCCCAAAAGAUAAUAUGUCUUCAAGCGAUCACCUCGCCGUCCAAGACUUCUCCCACAUACGUGCUACGCCCUCGCCGAACUGGUCGAUUUUGCCGGCGAGUGAGGUCAUUCCAGACGAACAGUGGCUACUUUCCGCCAACGUGGAGAAAGUCGGCGUGGACUCGAUUCUUGAGAAGCUUAUUCCUCGCCCAUAG